AUGGAAGCCCAAAAAUUUAAUAUUGAAGUAUAUUACCAAAACUGUCGCAGUUUGCUAGGUCGGACUCAAUUGGUUUACACUAACCACGGCUCCGUUCCUGGUACCCAUAAAAUUUUUGCGUUCACUGAAACUUGGUUAAAUUCUAGUGUGUAUGAUUCGGAACUUUUUGAUCCUGAAUUGUUUACUGUGAUUCGUUCAGAUCGGGAUUUUUUAGCCACUGGGACAACUAGAGGUGGAGGUGUACUAUUAGCAGUUAAUAAAGCAUUAAAUGUUAUUCCUAUUGAUGUCUACUCUAUAUGUGCUGCUAUUGCUGAAGUCAAAUUAAUUGAUGUAGUCAUAAGCAAAGUUGUAUCAAAGAAAAUAGUUUUUUAUCUCGUGUUAGUAUAUAUACCUCCGCAAACACCUCUAGCUGAACUAGAAUUAUUCCUAGAGUGUUUAGAAACAGUUGAAUGCCUUUUUAACGAAACAGUAUUAGUCUUGGGUGAUUUUAAUAUACCGGAAUAUACUCAAGGCAUUACUACAGGUAAAUCAGUGGCCGUGCAGAAUGUUGCAAAUUUCUUUAAUCUAUCGCAAUAUAAUCAUGUAGUUAAUCAUAAUGAACGAAUCCUAGAUUUGGUAUUUUCUAAUAUAUUUUGUAACGUAUAUCAGGCAAUUGACUAUGUUGUUCCCAUGGAUAACCAUCAUCCACCGCUCAUCAUUGAUUUUAGUAUUAAAAAAGAAUUUAAUGAAAUCAAAAUCGACAGUAAGCAGAAUUUUAACUUUAAGAGAGCCAACUUUAUAGAACUUUAUAAUGAACUCUAUUUAUCUGACUGGUCUUUUCUUUCCACUGAUCUUGAUAUCAACAGCAACCUAAAUGCCUUUUAUCAGUAUAUUCACAGCAUCUUCUCUAAACAUAUUCCUCUUAAAAAGAAGCAAACUAAACGUUAUCCGUUUUGGUUCAAUGGUGAUCUGAUUAAUCUUCUGAAUACUAAAAAUAGAGCUUGGAACGCGUACAAAAAAUCUCGUAAUAUUCAAAAUUACACUGAAUUCAAGAGAAUUCGUUCAGAAUUCAAAUACUUUAAUCAAAUAAUAUACAAGCGUUAUGUGUCUCAACUAGAACUCAAUCUUAAACAAGAUCCUCGUAGCUUUUGGUCGUUCAUAAACUCCAAGAAAACAAAUUGUUCUAUUCCUGAAACUAUGUCGUAUAAUAAUAUAAAGCUAGAGACUUCACAGGAUAUUGCCUCAUCAUUUGCCGAUUUCUUCUCAAAGUCAUACACCGAUAUUUCUCCUCCCGACCAUAUCACUCCCAAAUUAAAUACAUAUAUUGCCGAACAACUGCACAUUCCCGCUUUUACAAAAUCUGAAAUAGAACAGAUCGAUGGCAAUAUACACAAAUUAGAGGUUUUAAAUCAACCCCUUUUCCUCAGUUAUCCGGAGUACCUCAAGGUUCAAUUGUAG